AUAGUGAUCUGUGGUCCACAUUUUAUCUACGUAAAUGUCAUUUUCCUAUUAUAUGUGAAAAUUAUAUUUUUGGAAACCUCAAGAAAAGUAAAGGAACUGCCGUCUAAAGUACAUAACGUAACCAGAGUACUUUGUAAAAGUUACGCGUAAAGGAAGUUAACAUGGGUAGCUGGAAAUUAGAAGUAGCAAGGAUGGCUAUGUAUACUUCACUUCCCGUUGGUCUAUUUUUUUUCUUCAACCAACCAACCUAUUUCGAGGAAUGGGUUACGAAAACUAAGCGCCAAAUAUAUCCUCCUGAAAAUAAGCAGAAUAGAGAAGAUAUACAGAAGUUAAUUCAGGAUAUGAAGAAGAAACAAAUGAGAUCUAUAGAAGGAGAAUAAGUUACCAUUUACAACCUCUAUGGAAACAUUAGCGCAUACUGUGUACAUAUUAGUUUUAAUUAAUGAAACAACAUUUAUUUUUCAUAUAAAUAUAUUAAAAUUAUUGCAUUUAUAGCUACAACAACAAUAUUAUAGAUGCAGCGGUAAGUAAAGGUGUCUCAUAAUCUUUUAUGGUUAAAUACCUAAGUGUAAGUCACAGGUACAAUAUUAUGUUAUAAGAAAUUUGAACAGGAUUCAUUAGUGUCUCAAUAAUUUAGUAAAUUAAAAUAAACCUGCAGAAA